GUCGGCGCCUUGGCCUUCGAGUAGUUUUCAAUUUCAAAUUCGUAGACAUUGUCCAUAGAAGUAGAUAAUAUAUUCCAAGAAGAACCAAUUACUAGAAGAUGAAAGGAUGCGGCGUCCGCGUCUCUACAACGAUGCAUGGCGAUGUCUAUGCGACCAACUACGGCAACAACAUGACGGCUACUGCGAGCGACUACACAUCGCUUCUUUGACCCUAACUCGACUACUUCUACCUGCAUCGAAGAUUUACAUUGUCUAUGUUUCUUAUCUUUCUCCACCGACUACCUUCCAUGGUGAUGGUGGUGACGGAAAAGUUACGACUUCAUGACUAAGUUUCUUAAAGGCGGCCGUUUUCAACCUCCUGCAGCUCUACUUGUGUUUCCUCAUCCGCGUGUUGCGGGAGUUCCACUUGCGGCCCUUCUGGCUGUUGCUUGGUCUGCGAUGGGGCAUCAAUAUCUUCUGAACCGCGAGGAGCAACAGGUGGCGCUAAAUCCUGCUGAAGAACAUGCUUCAAGAACGGAUCACGAUCAUGAAGCGAAGAUAGAUCCGGAUGGUGUUGUUGUGCAUAGGCAGAAGAGAAAAGAUGUCUAUGUCGGUGCGCAGUUGUAUGAUAACUCAACUGUGCUGCCGGACCAGUUUGCCCAACAAGUCAAUAGUCAAGAUGACGGGGAGGACGGUGAUCAUGAUGAUGAAUAUCAUGAGCAGGAAGAUGGCGGCCCUCAUUUCGGUCUCAGUGAACUAGUAUCUUCGAGUGGAGCUUCUUCAAUACCACCAGGUUGUAGUAAUCCAAGUACUACAUGGGCAGACUUAGGGGGUCUGAAACAGGAGGUAUACAAAUUAUGGCUAGAAGGUGUCACUGUCACUCUAAUACACCACUUGCAAACUUCUAGAAGGUUCGGCUCCGUUGGUCGGAUCAAGUACUUCUCCUUAUUAACUGGGACAGGUGCACCAGGGGACUAUUCGUAUUCAUCGUCCAAUUAAAUAUAAAUUCGGUCUAGACUCUUCUCAUCAUCACUAUAAAAACAAUCACGUGACUAGAAUAAACAAGAUAUUCGCUACCAUCUUCAGAGUCCACCACCAGCACAAUUUUCAACGCGCACCUACACUUCGUUUACAGCUCCUUUCUAUGCAAAAAAUCCAUGAACAUCUACUUCAAGAACUAUCGGGUUUUUAAUAGUAGUUUCGUGGAUACAUCAUUGUAUCCAAGUCGAACAAGUCCCCUCUUCUAAAGAAGGGAGCAAAUUUAUGGGUAGGCAGUGUCUACGUCCAUUGCGGUACCAUCAAAUACAAGUCCCACAGUUGCCCGCAUGGAACUGGGCAGCAACUACUAGGCAGUGGUCUCACUAUAACGCUCGGGACGUGUCGUAGUCUUUGUUAUGGAACCGCCGAACUUCUAAAAGAUCUUCAACAAUUAUGUCUAUGUAUCAUGUCAAUAAUUAGUAGUGUCUAUCAGGUCUUGCCUGACCUUUCUUUUUUCGGUUUUUGUUUUUUCUAGUUAGAUAAAUAUGUAUCCUCCACAUGUCUAUGUAUCAUGUCAAUGACUGAAUAGGGUGCAAGCAUUCAUCACUGGAGGAGACGGGUUGACCCUGUGGAACUUGAAGGUGAGUCAAGUCCAAUUUCAUCCUAUGCAUACAGGGUUGUUUGAAAACUAGAGAAUGAGAAGUAGAUCUAGAUCGUAACGUCGAUAAUAUCUUAUCAUAUCCUUUCGGGGGAUUAUCGAUUGCGGUUCAUCUGGCACGGUAGCUGUGCAUCUUAUCGGAUACUAUCCUCCUAUCCGAUAGGUUCUAGCACAUUCGCUACUCCUUUAUCAGUCUAAUGUUCCCGUGUAAAUGCGAAUUGUCGUUAUCUCGUGUACGGCAGAAGUAUUGCAGCGCUGGCGCAUGGCUUUUGCUGGGGCUAUACAGGCGGCUGCGCAUGGCGCAGUGGCAGGAACGGUGACCACAAGUUAUGAGCCCUGAGAAGAAAAUUUCGAUGUUGUAGAAGGUUUCCCAUCUUCCCAGGAACGCCGAUUUCCUCCUUGAGCAACAGAAAACCAGAAAUCCGAUUUUCGUCACUCUGGAAUGACAUUGACAUUCCUACCCUGAGGACGGCGAAUCGUCUUCGUCCGAGUCAUUUCAUAUUUACCAAUAAAUCCUCACACAUUCUUAUUUACUCCUAUCUCAGACUGUCACUCCUUCAUAAUCCCAACUCGCUGCGAUGUGCGUUCACCUGAACGCAUGGAUGAAUCCAAAGAGGUACACGACAGAAGCAGACUGUGCUUUCUGGCGUACGACGACGCGAACUCCCACUACCCAACCCCCGCCGACUACACCAGCACCGACGACAUUACCGCCUACCACUAGGACUAUUUUAAGACUUGUCUAUAUGGUAGCUGCAGGAGACUUUUUUACUAAAUUAUUCACUUCGGUCUAGACUCUCAUCAUUGUAUGGGGAAUCAAACCAUAUUUGAUGUAUGAGCUGGAGCUCUGCUCGUCUUUGUCGAGUUCUUUUCUUUUCCUUGUACUGUCUCUGUUGAGCAGAGCAGAGUGGUCCAUUAAAAUUCUCUCGUAGAAGAUUUUUCAAGUCACAAAAUCUAUCAUGGAUGUGACAUGAUUUGGAUUAUAUUUUAGAAUGCUAGUUUUUCGCAAGCAGCAAGAUCACGACUCUUCAUCUAAUACGUACCACAACUUUUACUACCACAUCGACGACUACAAAAAGUCCAACUACAAAGAAACCGGCAAAAACCACCACUCGCACCAGCACAAUUAAGUACAACUGGACUAAUUGUGAAGAAUGAGUACUUUUUCCUCCACUUGUAUUAUUAACUUUUAUCUUCUAAUACUCAAGUACAGCAACAUCAACUACUAGUUAAUGUACAGCACAAUUUUCAAGUACAAUAAUUGCUGUACUUGUAUUAGUAUUAGAAGAUAAAAGUUAAAGAACGACGGCGCCGGUGGAGGAAAAAGCCAAGUGCACCGUCGUUCUUUAACUUUUAUCUUCUAAUACAAGUACAGCAACAUCAACUUCAACCACUAGUACGUCUACUCGCACGCGUACGAGUACUAGUACGGUAACAUCCACAAGAACAGAGACGUCGACAAGUACAACCAGUUGUAUGAAGAAAUUUCCCUAUUCUUGGUCCAUCUUCAGAGAAGUCAUCCUGGGGACCCAUCUCCAGAAGCGUCUCCUUUCCAUCUUCAGAGAAGUCAUCGUAGAAGAGACGCUUUCAAAGGAAAAACGGUCUCAGGAUGGUGGUCUUCAAGAUGGAUAAGGGUGAGCGCUAACAGUGCCACAACUUCUAGUAGCACAACGACAACUACAGUACAGAGUACAGGGAUAAUUAAGGGUUACCGAAUUACAUCCCGCACUACCAGCCUUGGCUCUUUUUCUGCGCCAGGGAUGUUCUGAGGAGUGUAAUCCUGCAACAUCUAAGAUAAUAGGAAGUGGGACGUCUUCAUCUAUGGAUGAUGACGAAACAAGAUCCCUAGGAGCAGACGCUGAAGAAAAAACCACUUCAAGAGCUUCUGCUGGCGCGACCGCCGCCAAAUUACUGGGAGUGUUAGCACCAGCGAUACUCUUCGGCCUGCUGUUCUACUAUGGCCAGAAAUAAAUGAGAUGAGCAAGUAUAAUGAUCAGCUCUUCACUUGAUGUAUUUUUAGUAGAACACUAGCAGAUACAGAUUAGUCAGAUUUAGUCUGAAAUAUCAAAUCGAUAGUGUUUGAUAGUGUUGCAGAUGCAGUAGUUUGAUAGUGUUUGAUAGUGCUGCUCAGCUCUUGUAUUCGUAGUAGAACAUCACUAGAAGAACUACAUCAUGCACGACCGAUUACUAGAACACAUAGUCGAGUAAUGUGCUAAUCGGUCGUGCAGCAUGAUGUUUUUAGUAGUAGUAGGAAGACCUCAACAUCUAAACCCCUCGUGCUCGGGAACGAUUCUUGAGAGACCAAUGGCGUGCACGAAAUCGAGGUGGAGGUGGGCCACAUACGGAAGAGGAGGAUCAGCGACCGGAUGAUUGGGAUGAAACUGACGAGAGCGACACAGCACUUGAAGGCGCUGACUCGUCUACUCUGGCGGGACUUGGUGCUGAUUGUUCAACUAGUACAUUAUGAAUGAUGUAGUUGAGAAUAAUUUGUAUUUGAUUUGUUGAUGGAGCAAAUUGAAUUUGGAUACAGAAGAUGAGACAACAAUUUAUUUUAGCAAAGAUUUCACUACAACAACACGACCACGCAACGAUUUUGAUGUUGUUUUCAUGGACGGCAAGUGACUGAUUUGUCAUCCCCUGCUUAAUAGGCUCACACUUCCUCGGUCAACCUCAACCUUAAUGGUCACUUCAGGAACAGUGUUGUCUUGCUGAAGGUAAAGAAGGACCUUCUGAUUACCAUCCACUUGUACGUAGUAGAAAGUCUAACCGACACCGGAUUUUUUGCCGCUCAAGCUGAUUCAACCGAUAGUAUGAUCGCGACAGGAGAGGGGAACGAUUCCAAGAACGACUCAGAAGCAACGAAAUUACGCAAAGAAGGGAAGACGCGUGUGAAGAAAGCUGGCGCCGAUGGACCUUUGCUUAAGGCUCACAAUAUUUAAUCUCCACAGGAGAUUGAUGGGAGGUUCCAUGUUAGACUCAUCUGAGAAGACGAGCUACUCGAUAACAGUAGAUGAACUAUUGUGACGUCGAGCGCUAAUUUGAUGCUAUCAGCCUCCGCUCUAGCAGACGGCUCGAAUCUAGUUGGUGGGUCAUCUGCGCUUACACGAGGUCCAUUGGGUGCUGGCGGAAAUCUUGGAGCCCUUGGAGGUGGAUCAUCAGCGUUGACUGGGUCAUCAGUUCCUGCUCCAGGAGGUAGGGAUUCGACUUCGAGGUUUACAGCUUUGGGAUACUUGUUUUUUAGUUGCCCUUUUCUUUUUUAUAUCUUCCUCUGGUCUGUCUUUUUUCUAGUUAGGUCGGCUCCACCACAAGUAUUAUCAUGCUGGUGUCGAUCAUUGUCUGUGUAGUAGUACUUUGGUCGUAAUCGAUCAGUAGUUGUUUCCUCAAAAGACAUUAUUUUUUGGAGUAUCAGGAUGUCCUUGUUUUUUGGCUACCCUACUUAGUUUGCUACUACUACAUAUUCUAACUCCACAACAUCGCCGAGAACUGCAGGGAUGAAAGCUGCUACUGAAGGAGUAUUUUCU